AUGGCCUUGCUCUAUCAGAAGGAUCCUCUACCCACAGCAGAUCUAGAGAUCUGGGUCAGCUCAGAUAGCAAAAAGGAACGAGACAAUGCGAUCUCGAUAUUGGGCCGUCUCCAUGUUCUAUCGACGACUCUCACAGGGGAAAAUGUUCGAGCUUAUAUGCUCACCAAUCCGUUCGCGGCCUCACUUCGACAAGCCCUCAUGGGCGCCGAGGAUUCUCAGUCCUUCGGCAUGUUCUCCCGAGCUCCCGAGCACCUUCAGACUUCCGUUGCCGACCUAGACGAGUAUGCGAGGCAGCAGUGGGAAGGUGUGAUGGGAUACAUGGUUGGAACGAGUGCAUUCAGCGGACAACGCGAAACGGUCAAUCUCAGCAAGGGUGUGAAACAGCUCCUCCAGGCAGGCCACCUGGUUGAGCUUCGGGGAAAUCGAGUCGAUAUCACAAAGGACGGAUUCGGAUUCGUGCUCCAGGAUGUGAACACCCAAGUCUGGCACAUCUUGAUUCUCUACGUCGAGAGCGCAGAAGCCAUUGGCAUGGAUAGCGUGGAGGUAUUAUCGUUCCUGUUCCUUCUCAGCAGUCUGGAACUGGGCCAGUCAUACGACAAGAGCCAUUUGACACCUAAUCAAACCCGCACUCUGGCCGACUUGACUGACUUCGGCAUCGUUUAUCAAAACGAUGCAGACCCGACGCGCUUCUAUCCCACCCGCCUCGCAACAACACUCACAUCUGAUUCCAGCGCCCUCAGUAACCCCGUGACAGGGUCUCUCACCGGCCCAGCUGGCCAGACCGGUGGCUCAGGAUCAGGCUUCAUCAUCAUCGAAACCAAUUAUCGACUAUACGCAUACACUUCAUCACCCUUACAAAUAUCCCUGAUCUCUCUCUUCACGAACCUGAAAUAUAGGUUCCCGAAUCUGGUGACUGGAAAAAUCACCAGACAGUCAGUACGCAGAGCCAUUGAGAUGGGAAUCACGGCGGAUCAAAUUAUUUCAUAUCUCCUUUCUCACGCCCAUCCCCAAUUACGAAAACACAGUGCCGCCCAACCCAGCAACAAGGGCGUUCCUGCAUCCAUUCUCCCUCCUACAGUCACGGAUCAGAUCCGGCUGUGGCAACUGGAGCGUGAUCGUCUCCGUGCCACGGCGGGAUUCCUAUUCAAGGAUUUCACUAGCCUGGCUGAAUACCAAGCUCCUUGUCAGUAUGCUGCAGAGAUUGGUGUCUUGGUGUGGAAAUCAGAUCGGAAGCGCAUGUUCUUUGUCACUCGGCACGAGCAAGUUGCUAUGUAUCUGCGGAACCAAAAGGCAGGUGGAAGAUGA